UCUCUUCGAGAAAUUAAAUUGUGAAAUAAAAAUAAUAAAAAAAAUGCUGGGAGCUCGAGUCUGUGUCCGUACAGUCGCCGGGUUCGGCAGCACCACCACCUUCAGCGAUCAGACUCGGAGCUCGAGCUCGAGUUCGUGUUCGAGUUGGGCCCCUAAGCCUAACGCGCUUUGCCUCUCGAGCCCAUUUCGUUUCGGAAACAAACGGCGUCGUAAUAAUAAUAGCUUCCAAAUCCAAAUCCAAUCGAAAUCGCAAUCGAUGCUCAUCGUUUCUCGUAAUUCUUCCCAAGGAAGAUUCGGUGGCCGAUCCGGCAAUGCCCACGAUCACAACGAUCAUGAUUUUCUAGAAGCUUCUCUCCUCCUCUCAGAAACCGCGUUGCACUACCGUAUGCGGAGGCUAGGAUAUCGAGAAGAGAGGAAGUGGCCGUCCCCUGGUCAAUCGACCCCAUUUUCAGUCCAAUUAAAAAAACCCCGUGUCAAUUUCGAUUUAAUUGGAGAGAGUUUUCUCCGCCGCUUUCAGAAUCCUACAAUCUUUCUCAAGAUUUCUUGUGAUGGAGACUUUUUGCUACCGAUUAUUGUAGGAGAAUUUGCUGUUGAAAAACUUAUAGAUCCCCAGUGGGAAGAUAAGAAUGGGGACUCCCCAGAUCAAUUCAACUUCAUUAGAGAUCUAGUGGAAAAGCUUGGCUACCAGGUUACUAUGGUGAGAAUUACAGAAAGAGUCGUUAAUACUUACUUUGCCAGACUAUAUUUUAGCAAGCCUGGGAAAAAUGAUAUUCUGAGUGUGGAUGCACGUCCCUCAGAUGCCAUAAAUGUGGCAAAUAGAUGUAAGGCACCAAUAUUUGUAAGUAGACAAAUUGUCUUGGAAGAUGCUAUUAAAAUUGGUUAUGGGAUGGGCAGAACUCGUGAUACUAAGUCUACUUAUGAUGUGUCCCUUGACAGUGCUGCAGAUGGUCCAGAUAUACUGUCGGAGGAACUUUAUUUAGUGAAGAAUAUGAAUUUCGCUAUUAGAGAAGAAAGGUACAAGGAUGCAGCCAUGUGGCGAGACAAACUAGUGAAGCUUCGUGAGUCAAGUACAUGAACAUUAAUCAAUCAUAAGGUACAUAUUCUUUGCCAUGUUUGAUUAGCAAACAUUGGAAUGGAACAUGUGCAUACAGUUUUAUGUUUUGCUGGUGGCUAGUCCUUUUUUGGUUAUUUGAAAGAUGGCUUGAAAUAUUUCUUCUCAUGGGUGGCAGGAUAACUUAGUGUUGGAAAAAAUGCCUCAUUUUAGUCUUUUGGUGUCAUGUUUUCAGUAGGAAUACUCAAUAGUGUUAGGAGCAUCUGGAGGAAUUGAUGCAGCAGGAACAAGAUUAUGCUAUGUACAGCUUCAACUUUAAAAAAAUUGUUAAUAGACUAAUGUAAAGUCAUAUAUUCAAUUAAAUUGUGUUACCCAUAAAGAUUAUCCAAUUUCUCUUACCUAGAGAUGUAAAUUUCAAAGUGCACUACAAACAGGUUUACACAUAAUUCUUAGCAAAUGAUGAAUGACAAGAAAGAGCAAUGUUCCCCGUUGUAUUCCCA